CCAACGAUUCCCAUUCCGACGGUCAGACCUAUUUGAUUUUUAUACAUCCCAAGCACAAAAGCAACCAAUUUCUGUCAGAGAACGAUGUCUCUCCUCGGCGACGAUGGCCGCGGCUUCGAGCUAGCUCGCAAGCUAGAGACGCUAGGCGUAUGGCGGACGUGGCUCGGCGACUCUCUCUACUCCAAUUUUGUUCACUUCCUCUCCUCUUCCUCCUCAUGGGACUCCUUCAUGCGGGCUGACGAGCCCAAGUCCAAAUCUCAGAUCCACCUCCAGCUCCGUGUCCGCGCCCUAUUGUUCGAAAAAGUUAGCGUCUCUCUCUUUCUUUCUUCCAAUAAUCCCUCCACUUCCUCUUCUUCGCUUGCUGUUUCAAAGCUUAAUCCGAAUUAUUUGCAGCUGCAUGGUGAUGACUUAUACUUCACUCUGGAGGACGGGGAUCAACGGAGAGAAGUUGGUGGUGGUGGUGUUGGGCCAAAUGUGGCACCGUCUAAGAGCCAUUCUAAAUCUACUUUUAGUACUGGAUCAAGAUAUGGUGAUUCUGAACUGGAAAGCAUGCCCCAGAGAUUCAGGAACGAAGAAUUUCCUGAAACGUGGUAUAGUCAGUUUAUGGAAAAGCAUAAAGCUAGUAGACCAUACAGGUUGUCAUUUGGAGACAGAGAGUUGGACAAACGUUCACCUGAGGAAAUGUCUAAUUAUCUUGGACUUCUUGAUAAGCAUAAGAGAAGGCGUCUUGCAUUUACACCAAGUAUGCAUACCAGUUCUGUUUUAGAUGAUGAGGAUGUAACCUUUUUCCCUGAAACAAUGUUUAUGUCAAAUUGUGUACCUGAUAGUGCACUUCCGCUGAUAAUUCGAACUGAAAGCAAUGAAAAAAUUGAGUUUCAUGGAGUUCUUGAUGCAUUACCUCAGACCAGGAGUUCUGUUGUGAUAGAGAGGCUUGGUAUUAGUGUGGAACAAGGAGGAAGUUUACAUCGUCCGAAAAAUGGGUCUGAAGGAAAUAGGAAACUUCUUGGUCAACAGCAAGCAUCACAGAUGUGUCAGAAGGUAGUGGCCCGUAUUUUGGCACAGAAGGGGUUUGAAAGUGCAACAGAAGUUCCAGUGGAAGUCUUAUCUCGAUUGCUUAGGUGUCAUAUUAGUAAACUGGGCCGUAUUUUGAAAGUUUUUGCUGAUAGUUAUAGGAAACAAUGUUCGGCAAUUGACCUAAUUAAGAUGUUUCUUCAAACAGCAGGAUAUAGUAAUCUUGGCAAUUUGAUGGAGCUUAAGGAUGGGACUAAGAAUAUUGUGCAACAAACGCAACAACAAAUACACGGAAUGCAGUCACAUUUGCAGCCUCAGCACCAGAGCACGCUUCGGUUACCCCAGCAAAUUCCAAGACAAAUGCAUCCACAAAUGCAGCAGAUGGUUAAUCCGCAGAAUUUGGUUUAUCAGCAACAGCAGUUGGAGAGAUUGCGAAGGCGGCAAUCAUCCACUCCUCGCCCUGCAAUGGAUAUGGACAAGGACAGACCAAUGGUACAAGUGAAGAUUGAAAACCCAUCAGAAUUGCCAAUGGAUGGAAAUGCCUUCAAUGCCAUCCACUCCAGACAUCCACAAUUGCAGUACCGUCAGCAACAACUUGCUGCAAUUUCAAAUCUCCAAGCACAAUCUAGCAAUCAAUUUAGGCAGUUGACAUCCAUGCAAGUUCCUCAAAUGCAGACACCGAACAUGAGCAUUGCUAGGGCUCCACCAGUGAAGGUUGAAGGCUUUCAGGAAUUGAUGGGUGGGGAUGCUUCCGUAAGACAUGACUCCGAGGAAAAUAAGCUAACCUCUCCAUCGAGUAAAUAGCUUUGCCACCUGAGCAUACUUUCCACCACAAUUCUGUUGUCCUUUUGUUGUUUACAGAAAUGUUUAAUUUGUAUAUAUGUUAAUUUAUACUUUUCCGUAGGGUAUUUAUAGUUUUGACAGAAUUAGGGCCAUCCUUUUGAGGUUAUACAGAGUUUCAAAAACUCACCUAUAUACCUGACGAACAAUUGGUCGAGUUACAGUAGCUGCUUAUUUCAGAUGGAACAAUGGCAGUUGGCAGCUUCAUCCAUCAUCAAACUUGGCAUUUAUGUUAGGAAAAAAAUUCUCUCUA